CAUCCCCAUCCCAACCCAGCAACCACAAUCCAUCACAGCGCCUCCCCUCACAGCACCUUGCAACCCCCUCCCCAAAUUUCAUCUCAAACCCAUCGCUGCAGGCAGUGUACUCAAACAACCUCAAAAAAAAAUGGUCCAAGGAUCCCUCAAGAAGACCAAGCCCUCGGGCGGCUCGACCUCAAAACGUCCCACAGCCCUGGCCCCCAAACGCGGUCCCCGCCAGAUCGCCCCCAAGAAAGCUUCCCUCAUCAAGCAGCAGAAAUUGACCAAGAAACUCACGGCCGGAUUGACCGCCCAGACGGAGAAGAAUCUCGCCGAGAAGGCGGGCCACCUGGAGUUGUUGGCCGGUGGGAAGAAGGAUAAGAAGGCGGGUGCUGCCAAGGGGAAGAAAUAGUGAUAUGCGGGAAAUGAUUUCAUUUUUUUGGUUCGGAGGAAGCGGGCGGCGGAGUGGAAGGUGGCUUCGGUUGAAAGAUGAUCGAGCCGAGGCGAGGAGGGAUAUACAUAUUAAAUCUUUGGAGGGGAAAUAGGACACAUACAUACGAGUAAUGAAAUUAGAUACCCUUUUUUAU